AAAUUCCGAAAGCUAGAAAACAACAGUUGAUGGGCCGAUAUGAUUAAAGCCCAAUGUUAAAUCCCAAUUCUUUGAACUUGAAUCACGUGUUAGACAAAAGCCCUUUUCAUCUAUGUGUUGCGCAUACUGAAAUCUUCAGGACAAUAUGGGUUGGAAAGCAGCACAGAAACUGAUUCAUCAUUGGAAGAUUCUUAGAGGUGACAAUGUAAGAGCUAAUGAAAUCGUCAUGAUAAUCAGGGGUAAAGAUAAAGGUGAGACUGGUGUUGUUAAGCGUAUAGUUCGAUCUCAGAAUCGUGUUAUUGUUGAGGGCAAGAAUCUGGUGAAGAAGCAUAUCAAGCAAGGGCAGGGCCAUGAAGGCGGAAUAUUCACUGUAGAAGCCCCUCUUCAUGUCUCAAAUGUUCAGGUUGUCGAUCCAGUCACAGGGAAGCCCUGCAAAGUCGGAAUUAAAUACUUAGAAGAUGGUAGCAAGGUUAGAGUAGCAAGAGGCGUUGGAGCAUCAGGAUCCAUAAUUCCUCGUCCAGAAAUCUUGAAGAUGAGGACGACCCCUAGACCUACUGUUGCCGGUCCCAAGGACACUCCGAUGGAUGUGGUUCUCGAGAAGACAUAUGAUCGUACAACUGGUAAGGGAAUGCCAGAUCUUUAAGCAAGAAUGUCCGGAAAAGAAAGCAGCUCAAGGGAUGGUGCUCAUGUUUGCUAGUAUAAUUACCAUCAAGUUGUAAUGUUUAUGGCUUGGAAUAUAGACAGAGUUAGUUGGGUAUUUGUUAA